GUGUGUUUCCCGUUUAUGUACACAGGGCAGCUCCAGCCGCUGCUGCCUCGCCAUUAUGCGCAUUAUGUGCGUUAUGUGCGUUAUGUGCGUUAUGUGCACGGGCUUGCCGCUGCUCUUUUGAACCUGUUGAGGCUGUCAGAAAGCGCCGAGUUCGGCUUUACAAUCUCUGUGUUGGUGAUGACGAGUGGGAUACCACGUAGCGAGCCGAAGAGGUCAACAAACCUGUAGCGUCGGAGGAGGAGGAGAGAGGGAAGCAGGACGGGGCGCGCGGAAAGGAGAGAAAACCAUUUGGUGGAGAUGAAACCAAGCGGAACAAAAGAGAAACAAAACGUACCGACGACGAGGAGGAAAUUAAAUGGUUGAACUUAAGGUGAUGGCGGCAUCAAGGACAUCCGCGAGCUACACACGAUUCUUAGGAGCUUCCUGGAAGCCGUUCCCUUCCGCCAAAGCAUCAGCAAAUAAGAGGCAACCUUUGGGUCAGAUUGCAGGAGGCCGCUGGAGAGACACCGCCACGUGACCCCGGUGCCAAAUGGUCUUCCGGCAGCGGCUCUCUGCAAGGACCGGAGCACACCAAGACGCCGUCACCUCUCUCAGAAAUGCAGAAGACAACCUACUACGACAACUCCUCUGCACUCUUCGGUGGCUACUCGUCCUACCAGGUGCAAGGGGCGGCGGCCGCGGGCAACGGCUUCGGGGGCUACGAUGCGGCCGCCCCGGUGUCCCACCUCCAGCCGGCCUUCCAGUCGGCGGCCCACCUGGACGUGGACUCGUACCAGCGCUCGGCCUGCUCGUUGCAGGCGCUGGGCAGUAACGGGGGCCACCAGCAGCAGCAGCAGCAGCAGCAGCUAGCCAAGACCAAGGAUCUGAGCGUCAGCUGCAUGCGGCCCAGCUUGCCCCCCGAGCACCACCCGGCCUCCCAGGUGUCCCCCCCGCUGCCCCCCAACUCCAGCAACGGCAACACCAGGGCCCAGCAGCCGGGGGGCAGCGCCGUGGUCUCCUCGGCCUCCAAAUCAGGCCCCAACAAGUUGUCCAACUCGUCCUCGUCCAUCUCCUCCUCCACGUCGUCCUCGUCUUCCUCGCUGCCCCCCAACCCCACCGUGGCCAAGCAGAUCUUCCCGUGGAUGAAGGAGUGUCGACAGGCGACCAAGCAGAAAAACUCUUCACCCAGCAACAACUCUGGAAACGCAUCAGGAGGAGCCGAGAGCUGCAGCAGCGGGGAGAAGAGUCCCACCGGCGGCUCGUCGGCGUCGUCCAAGCGGGCCCGCACGGCGUACACCAGUGCCCAGCUGGUUGAGCUGGAGAAGGAGUUCCACUUCAACCGGUACCUGUGUCGGCCGCGCCGCGUGGAGAUGGCGAACCUGCUCAACCUUUCUGAACGCCAGAUCAAGAUCUGGUUCCAGAACCGGCGCAUGAAGUACAAGAAGGACCAGAAGUCCAAGGGCCUGAGCUCCAGUUCCGGGGGGCCCUCGCCGACCAGCUCCCCGCCCCUGACCAUGCAAUCCUCCGCCAGCUUCCUCAAUUCUAUUCACCCCAUGGGAGGGGGCGGCUACGACGUCCCCUCCCCGCCGUCCUUCAGCAAGCCCCACCAGGGAGUGUCAUACUCCAUGUCCUCUGGCUACUCUAACGUGCCCAUGAAGGGCUGUCCCCCCCAACAGAAGUAUGGUGCCCCAGACCCGGACUACGGCGACCCUCAUCCUCACCACGGCCUGGUGCAGGCCAACAACGCCGGCUACGGGACACCCGCCAACAUGCAGGCCAGUCCGGUCUAUGUGGGGGCCGGCAGCUACGUGGAGCCCAUGCCCGGCUCGGGGCCCUCCAUGUAUGGGCUGAACCACCUCGGCCCCACGCCGCCCCAACACCAAACCAUGGACUACAACGGGGCAGGCCCCAUGUCGGCCGCCAACCAGCACCAUGUAGGCGGAGGCGGACCCCCGGGUCCCUGCGAUCCCCCAACGCACCCAACGUACACCGAGCUGUCGGCGCACCACACCUCAACUCAGGGCAGAAUCCAGGAAGCACCCAAGCUCACUCACCUGUAACAGGUUUGGAACACAAAAGGAAAGACUUAGGGGGAUAGUGAAGAAGACGCAGAACAACUAACACGCAGGGACUCUACUGCUGCAGCGGGACGGCAUGAGGGACCAAGGGAGACAGACAGGGGCCGUCCAGUGGCUUGUUCUUGGGGCAGCAGCCACAUUGUCCAGCCGCUUUGUUUCCACCGCCUUGUAGUUAGGGCUAAGCUUUUAUUGCUUUAUUUAAGUAAAGCUAAUUGGAUUUAAAAAUAAUAUAUUAACGUUUAAAGUUAACGUCGUAGCAUGACUUUGCGUGUUGCUCAAAAAAAGAAAAAGGCAAGGCAGUGUAAUUUAACGGUAGUAAAAUCAACGGUGGUAUUUUUUUAAGCCAGGGACCAAACUUCCUCUUUUACAUCCUCGUACAGGAAGUGAUUUUUUUACACAGGCAUUUUUAAAGCAACUCACCCCUCUUGGGCAUAGCUGUACGGUGAGCGCUGUCAUUUAGUGAGCUAAUCCACUGCACUGUCAAUCAGGACACCACCACGUUGACUAUUGCUAACAGAAGUUCAUGACGAGCUCAAUCCUCUAGAAUGUGUCAAGUUAGACAGACAAUAGUUUUGUGUGUGUGGGUGGAGCACACUGCAGCUGUAGCUCGGCUAGCAUGUUCGGCGCAGGCCACGGCACGUUGUGUAAACAUUCACUCCUGCACACACACGUCAAGCAGCUUCCCCGCCUGGCAAAUUCAAUUUUAAUGGGCGGUUUAACGAGGUGGUUGGAUUUAUGACUAUGAGCUUUCUUGUCAGCGUGGCUCCGCCUCUCAAUCAGGCGUAGAGGUGGAGCGACGCGUGCGUACGACAGAAAAGCAGUGGACGUGUCCUCCCCCUUCUGCUGUCUCCUCCCGCCUCCUGCCGGACCGGACCCAAUCGCUACUAACCCACUGUCUUCUCCACAUUUUCCCACACACACACAGACAUAAAUCCAUCAACCACAUGUGCACCUACACACCCCUUCCAUGAAUCUUUACAGGGUUUAAGAAGCUACUAGCUCAAGGGCUAAGCUAGCUCCCACGUGCACGCACGUCUGCGCUAAGCUAAGCUUGGGCCUCCAAACACACACGCACAGCGAUGCUAAGCUAGCUUCCUUUUGUUGACACACCAGACAGCCAGGUGAGCGGCUGUUGACAUCUUUACACAAACACAGGAGAGGACAUGGAAAAGAUAUUUCAAUGUUCUUGUUUUAGCACAUCAUCGAAACAGGGUAAAUGAUAAGAUUGGAGAACACUAUUUAUUUAUGUUUGGGUAAGUAAUUUACCGCACCCCCCCUCACCCCCCUUCUUCUAUCUCUCUUUCUCUGCCUGUCUCUUUCUAUCACUUCGGAAGGGUUCAGUUAGGCUACUUUAGCAAACACCAAUGCAGAGGUUGUCCACAUUUUAUAUUGUUUUAUUUUGUUCUCACAUAUCUUGACUUUUAACGUGGAUACAGGGUAUAUAUAUUUGAACAGAAUGCAUGUCCCAGAUAUGUGAGCUAAUGUGUGGUCUCUGCUCUUGUGGAAAUAAACCUCCCCGUAUUGUUUUUGUUUUUUGAAGUGCAGCUCUACACAAAAGCUUUUCACAUCUGGGCAUCAUUGUUGCACUGAGAGUUUACAUUUAGAUGGUUAAAGGUAAAAAUAGGAUUAUAAUAAUGAAAUCUUAUUUUGAAGACGGAAGGCCCUCCAAUCAAAGUGUCUUUCGCCAAUGUUUGUUCAAGUGAACAUUCAUAUAUAAAUAUUUAUUUGUUAUAGCCAGUUUUAAAAAAAGACUUUCUUUUUUGUAUUAUUAUUAUUUAUCCUUCAUGUAUUUAUAUUGAGAAAAAAUACUGUACUUUUCUAGUAUUACAUGUUAUGAAAGAAAAAAAACAUUGUGUUUCUUCUUGUCCAUUGUACUGAAGUUACAUUUUUUUUAGUUCUUGUAUUUUAGAAGAAGAAUACGUAGUUUUUAUGUAAUGACCCUUGUACAUACAUGUCUUGGCUUGUACAGGGAAAAAUGCAAGGGCCGGGAUCGGUGACCUGUCCUAGCAUAGUCUGAUCAAUUUAAGUACUAGCUGGAAAAAAAAUGAGUCUUCAUUUUUUUGGGGGCAAAAAAACAACUUUAUUUGUAGCUCCUCUUUUAUUUCCUUGUUGAGAGAGUUGUCUGUCGAACAAUUCUUUAAUAAAAUGUUAUGUUAUUCAGAGAUUCAGUUUGUUUAUGACUCUCAAGUGCCCUCCGGUUAUCAUCUUAUCAGCAGCAUCGCUGUCAGCUAAAAACCUGCCACGGACGAUUGUAU